AUGGAAAGAGUCAAUAGCACCUUGGUGACAGAGUUCAUCCUGACAGGAAUUCCCUACCCACUCAGGCUAAGGACGUUUUUGUUUGUGUUCUUUUUGCUAAUCUACAUUCUGACUCAGCUGGAGAACCUGCUUAUUCUAAUCACCGUCUGGGUAGACCCGCAGCUCCAUGCCCAUCCCAUGUAUAUCUUUCUUGGUGUUCUCUCCAUCAUUGACACGGGCAUCUCCACCACCAUUGGCCCUUGCCUCAUAAUGAACUUCACUUUAGGCAUCAAACCCAUCCCCUUUGGUGGCUGUGUCACUCAACUCUAUUUCUAUCACUUCCUGGGAAGCACCCAGUGCUUUCUCUACACCCUGAUGGCCUACGACAGGUAUCUGGCGAUAUGCCAGCCCCUGCGCUACCCUGUGCUCAUGAAUGCUAAGCUGAGUACCUUGCUUGUGGCUGGAGCUUGGGCAUCAGGAUCCAUUCAUGGGGUUAUCCAGACCACCCUAACAUUCCGUCUGCCCUACUGUGGGCCCAACCAGGUAGAUUACUUCUUCUGUGACAUCCCUGCAGUUUUGAGACUGGCUUGUGCAGACACAACAGUCAACCAGCUUGUGACCUUUGUGGACAUUGGGGUGGUGGUUGCCAGUUGCUUCUCCCUGAUUCUUCUCUCUUACAUACAGAUUAUUAAGGCCAUUUUGAGAAUCCGUACUGCUGAUGGGAGACGUCGGGCCUUUUCAACCUGUGGAGCUCACGUAACUGUGGUAACCAUGUACUAUGUGCCCUGCGCCUUCAUCUACCUGAGGCCUGAAACCAACAGCCCCCUGGAUGGGGCAGCUGCCCUCUUCCCCACAGCCAUCACGCCUUUUCUCAACCCCCUCAUCUACAGUCUGCGGAACCAAGAGGUAAAGCCGGCCCUGAGGAGAAUGAUAGGAGGCCCUCAGAUGAAGAGUGAGGUUUGA